ACUUGAAGCCCAUACUCAUACCUUACUCUCCUAUAAAACCCAGUGUCAGCCAUGAUAAAGCAUUAGUCCCGUACUCUGCACAGCUACAACUACUAAAAGUUGUCAACAAACAAUGCCUCCUCCCAUCUUCUUCUCUCUCCUCACCCUUAUCUUCCUCUUCCUUUCUCUCUCUUUCACUCCCUACUCUGCCGCUGCAAGCUUCAGGCGGAAUGCACAGAAAGAUCUAGUCCGCUCAUCUUGUCUCCAUGCCAGUUACCCUAAACUCUGUAUCCACACUCUCUCCUCCUACUCUGGCCCUGCGAACACCCCUCGCGACUUAGCCCAAGCGGCCGUGAAGGUCAGCCUGACUCGUGCCCGUAGAGUCUCCAAGUACCUAAGAACGCUUUCUGGGCUUAAAACUAAGAGAGAGCGAGCGGCGCUGAAAGACUGUGUGGAGCAGAUAUCUGACUCGGUGGAGGAGUUAAGCAGCACACUGGGUGAAUUGAAGCAUUUGAGAGGAGAAACGUUCGGGUGGCAGCUGAGCAAUGCGGAGACAUGGGUGAGCGCGGCUUUGACGAACGAGGACACGUGUCUUGAUGGGUUUGAAGGAGUUGAGAGCAAAGUGAAGAGUGAUGUGAAGCGAAAGAUGAGGAAUAUGGCUAGGGUUACUAGCAAUGCUCUGUACAUGAUUAAUCGCCUUGAUGAGAGUGGCGGUAGCCAUAAUCCUUGAAGUUGAAGAGAUGGAUGCUGAUUGUGAUGGUGAUGUCCUACAAAGUUAUCAAGGAACAAGAGCACUAAUUCUUGCUAGUGAAGGGAUUGCUGAUACAUUGGAAAGGUUUUCUUGUUGUUGAUGGAUCAAACACUUAUGAGACACAUAACUGAUAGUUUGAAUGUUAUUUAUUUAAACAGACUUCUGAUGUUUCAUCUGAAGCAUUGCUGGACCUGUUAUGCAGCUCAUUAGCUUUUGCUACCUCUACAAAAUGAAACGUCUUUGGAUAA